GCCAUUGUUUUGUUUUGCUCGCCCGAUAGAACGCGACUUCAGUUGCCAUCUUCCCGACUCGGUCUCGAUCUCCUAUCAGAAGGAUAUUAUCUUAUUUAAGGAACACCAACACCCUAAUGCCGUCCGUCCUCUUGACAGACUCGAUAUCGGUGGAGCUUGGUGCACAGGAGCCGUGGCCAAAUGACGUCAAGCUAUUUCAGCAGUAUGAAGUUGAACAAAUUUUGUUGCCAGACAAUGCCAAUUGUUUGGCUGUGCAGGCUUUCCUCAAGAUGUGUCACUUGAACUUCACCUUGGAUAUGAGAGGGAAUGCUGAGCACAUGUCCCCCAGUGGCAGAGUACCAUUCAUAAAAGCAGGGGCAUUUGUGGUAGCUGAGCUUGAUCCAAUAGUUGCGUUCGUGUCAAAUAAGGGUGUAUCACUCACAGAAGGCCUGGAUACGACACAGAAAGCAGAUAUGCGUGCUUACAUGUCGCUGGUUAGCAAUGUGUUGGCAAAUGCAGAGCUUUACAUAUCCUGGAUUGACCAAGUCACUUAUGAAGACGUAACAAGGCCAAGGUAUGGGUCGGUCUAUCCGUGGCCUAUCAAUCGAAUCUUGACUCAUCAGAAACGAAAUCAAGUUUUGCGACGAUUACGAGUCUUGGGAUGGAAACAGAAGACACUGGAAGAAGUUUACCAGGAAGUUGAACAUUGUUGCAGCGCCCUCUCGGAACGUUUGGACAACCAGGAAUUCUUCUUUGGGAAGAGACCAACAGAAUUGGAUGCUCUGGUGUUUGGCCACCUGUUCACACUUCUCACAACCCCUCUGCCGGAUAACCGGCUCGCUACAAUAGUCAGAUCUUUUGCGAACCUCGUUAAGCUCUGUCAGGUCAUCGAGAGAGAUUUUUUCGAGAGAAAUAACGGUGGCAGCAGCAGUGGCAAUGGAGAAGGCGACUAUGAUAAGUUGGAAGACUUAAACCAGGUCCCCAUUGAAGCAGGUUCCAUGUAGAUAACUAAUGUGAUUAUCCAAGAAAUUUAUCUGUCCAUAAACAUUGUAAAUACAAAAUAGAGGUUUCCAAUUGGUUGAGUACAUAAUAAGGCUUCCAUUAUUGCACAUUUGUAUAGAUAUGUUGUUGCUACAAGACUCUAGAUACAUGUUGAGAAAUUCUAGGCCACCUGUUACACACAGAUAAAUAUAUAUAUAUCAUUAGUA